AUGUCGAGUUCAUCAGAAGUGUCCAGCGUUGACAGCUCCGAGUGGGAGCUGGUAGAAAGACAUCCAAAGCUCGGAGUGUGCUGCUCAAUCAAGUUUUACGACGGCGUUGAAGGAGAAGUAAACAUCCCUGAAUUUCUCAUCCAAAGACAUCCCUACUUCGCAGCCCUCUUUAGCGAAGACAAGUACCUCGACUGCAGUCCUGUUCCCCGAGAUACCGCCCAUGUUGUCGCUCUAUAUCUCGUACGAGGUUGUCUACCUGGUCCCAUCCGAGGCGAGCCAGAAAAGGACGCGGCCAGGCGGCUGUUCAAGAAAUUGAUCAUCUAUUGCGAAGACGCAUGCAAGUUUAACAUGCCUGGUUUGGAAGAGAUGGCUUGCGAGAGAAUAUUAAAACUACUGCGCUGUCUGGACGUCUUUGACAUCGUUGAAAUCACCACCAAGGAACGGGAGUGGCGGCUGGCCAAGACAGACGACAUGCUGAUCCGUAUUCUUGACCUCCGAAUCUGUGAGGAUAAGGAGACAGUUCCAGACACGGCUCUUGCGCUAAUUGAUGAAUUUUGCGAAACGGUAAGCGAUGUCAAAUGGCAUACGCUAAAGGCUCUCAUGAGAACCACGGCCAACUUGCAGCUUUCGAAGCGCGCAGUUAAGGCCUUGACGGACGAGAAAUUCAGUUCCACAUGA